AUGGAUGGGUUUGGCUGGGACCUCCAAACUUUUCAAUGCAUUGAGACACUUAAUGAUCAUGCUGAUGCUGUGAUGUCUGUGCUUUGCUGGGAUAGCUUCUUGUUAUCUGGUUCCCUCGACAGUACAAUAAAGGUUUGGGCUGCAACUGAAAGUGGGAACUUGGAAGUAGUAUAUUUAACAUCAUUGGAAGUAGUAUAUUUCACUGGACAUGCAACUGGGCAGCUCUUUGUCUGAAAAUUGCUUGGGGAGACAAGUACACAGCCUUCAUGAAAACGUUUUUGUAUAGAUAAUUCCCUUGUAAAUACACGGAACUUGUAGCGAAGUAGAAGCAACAUGAUUAGUUUUAGCCAAACUGCAGAUGUGUAAAAUUUCAUUCGGGUUAGUGAAAGCGAGUUUUUUAAGAAUAUUAAUGUUAUCAUUUAAGGGACAAUCAAACAUGAUUUUUGAUUGUAUUUACUAUUAACAUGUGUUUUGCGACUUUAGUAUGUUUUGAGGUAGUUGGAC